AUGAAUUCCAACACACAAAUCGUUCUCAUCGGCCACAGCAUGGGUGGCUUGGUGAUAAAGAAAGCAUACAUCCUGGCGAAACAGGACGCGAUGCACAAAUCACUGGCCGGGCGAAUUAGCACAUUCUAUUUCCUCGCCACGCCGCAUCGAGGUGCCGACUCGGCAAGGAUGCUGAAAAACCUCCUCAAAUUUGCGUACGAUCGCGCUUAUGUUGGCGAUCUGGAACCGAACUCUGGGGCAAUCCAAGUCAUAAAUGACGAAUUUCGCCAUUUUUCGGCUGAUCUUGAGCUCUGGUCAUUCUACGAAACGCAGGAUAUGAGAAUAUUGAACUCACUCAUCGUCGAUCCAGAGUCAGCAGUGCUUGGAUACCGCGAAGAAAAUCAGAUACCUAUGACUGCUGACCACCGGUCGAUAUGCAAAUUCGAUACAUCCGAGGACCCCAACUACGCUCUUCUUCGCAACUCUUUCGCUUCUACGGUGGGCAGAGCCGUCACAGCGACAGCAGGGGUAAAUAUAAAGCAGGGAAGAGAGAGGAUCAAAGCACUCAAGAACUACCUCGGAGUGUCCGACGUUUUGGAUGAUGACUAUGCAAACGUCUGUGAAGCUCGGGUGCACGGGUCAUGCAGAUGGAUCUCAGCUAAAAACAGUUACAUCAAAUGGAGAGACGGAGAAUCCGAAAUUGACAGGACGCUAUGGAUCAAGGGUAAGCCAGCAACUGGAAAAUCAGUCCUUGCCGGUUAUGUCAUCGAUCAGCUCAAAGAGUCCGGUCAGAUGUGCAGCUACUUCUUUUUUAAACACGAAGACAAAUCAAAGUCCAACUUAGGUCGUUGUCUCCGAUCUCUGGCUUUUCAGAUGGCUAGCUCCAAUGCAGGAGCCGCUGAUGCCAUCCUGGAGAUGCAGGCCGACGGUGUUUGCUUGGAUCACGCGGAGGAGCGUACCCUCUGGAGAACCCUCUUCCUUUCUGGUAUCUUUCAGACAAUAAUGACUCGACAUUACUGGGUUAUCGACGCCCUGGACGAGUGUUUGAAUCCAUCUGUCUUUUUACAUGCCAUUCUUUCCAACAUGGACAUAUCAUUACCACUCAGAAUCCUCGUCACAAGUCGCGAUACGGCCGAUCUAGACCGAGGUUUCUCAUUCAUUACGCCCAAGCUAAUCCAGUCGUUACAAAUCUCGACAAAGGAUACCGAGUCCGAUCUCAGGCUUUUGGUUGAGCGGGAGACCGGACUCUUGGGAGUCAUGCAACCUGAUGAUUCAGGUAAACUAACUGGGAAAAUUCUGGAGAAAUCCAAGGGGUCGUUUUUGUGGACAAUCUUGGUUAUUGAGGAGCUCUUACGUUGCCACAGUAGAAAGGAGAUUCACCAAAUUCUUGAAAGCGUGCCAAGAGGCAUGGAAUCACUAUAUAAGCGGAUUUUAGACUCCAUGUCGCAGGCUCGUCAUGGAAAGGAGCUUGCCAAGACCAUUCUCAUGUGGGCGGCAUGCGGCAUCCGGCCAUUGACAAUCAGCGAAUUAGAUGGUGCUCUGUCCCUGGACAUCCACGACUCGUUCCCAAGAUUGGAGGAGAGCAUUACCGCGCUCUGCGGCCAAAUGGUGGUCGUAGACAAAUAUGGGAGAGUGAAGAUGGUGCAUGAGACCGCCAGAGAAUUUCUUGUGACUGGAGGACUGGACUCCGAGUUCUCCAUCGAGAAAACCAGGGCGCAUACACGCAUGGCGCAGGUGUGUCUCACCUAUCUGAUUGGGGAGGAAAUGAGACCUCCGAGGAACAGUCGAUACCGUUCGUUGGUUUCACCACCAACAAGACUAGACUUCGCCGCGUAUGCAUGUGCAGCAUACUCAUAUCACCUAUCCAGGGCUGACCCGUCGGCCGCAGUGACGCUCCAGCUUGUCGCUCAGUUCCUGAAAUCCAACGUGCUCACUUGGGUGGAAACGGUUGCCGUGUCUCGAGAUCUCAAUCACCUCACCCGCACCUCAAAACAUCUCAAAAGCUACGCUAAUGCGUGUGCCAUUGAGCAUUCACCUCUAGACCCUCGGAUAAAAGUUAUUCGAGAGUGGUCCACUGAUCUCACUCGGAUUCCUGCCAUGUUUUCCAGCGCCCUCACUGUAUUACCGUCAGCAAUAUACUCGUUGAUACCUCCAUUCUGUCCCACCGGUUCUAAGGUGUUCAACACCGGGGGCUCCGGUCGGAAGCUCAAAGUUCUUGGCACGCCUAACACGCAAUGGGAUGAAAGGUUGCUGUGCAUCAACUUUCGUCAAGGUCAACCAAGGGCCUUGCGCUACGGAGACGAGUUCCUUGCUGUCGGUGUUAGUUCAGGGACUGUGGUGCUCUAUUACGCCACAUCCUACCAGGAGUACAAAAGUUUAGAGCACGGCGAAGCAGUCAAAUUUAUCGCUUUCAAGACCAAAGGCGACCUUGUAGCAACCUGUGGUAUGAAGUUGGUCAAGGUCUGGGACGUCAGAAGUGGGCAAUUGGUGCAUAGCCUUGCGAGCCCUCCGCGUCCCCUAGAAAUGGAAUUCGACGGAGAGAGCCUUUUAAUUGCUAGUGGAAAUAACUACGUCUCUACUUGGAAUUUGAGACAGGGCGACUUAGUGGGACCAGUACAGAGACCAUGGUAUAACACCAAUAUGCCAGAGACGACCCGAAUGCCGCGUGGUACCCCAUGCGCACUGGCUUUAUCUACCAGCCACAGAAUGCUUGCUGUUGUCUACAGCGGCCAACCUAUCACAAUAUGGGAUAUAGAAGAGGACGUAUACGCUGGUAGCUGUGGAAAGAAACUCUCCGGUGGGGAGACCAGCACACAUAUCGUCGUAGCCCUUGCUUUCAAUCCGGAUCCUGAUAUUAGCCUUCUCGCAGUCGCAUACCUUGAUGGUGACCUUGCACUUCUUGACCCCUUUGCUGAUGAGCAGUUGGAAUGUUUUCGUGCUAACUGCCAAUCCUUGGCUCCAAGCCCGAAUGGACGACUCCUCGCGGCGGGCGGUGCAAAUGGGAUCAUCCAUGUUUACGAAUUCGAUACACUCAAGCUCCUAUACCAGGUCAAGUCAUUCAGCUCAUACAUCAAGCAGCUUGACUUUUCUAAAGACAGUAUGCUUCUCGCAGACAUACGAAGUGCCCAGUGCACGGUGUGGGAACCUGAAGCUUUGUUGCGGGAGUCCAUGAGCGAUGGCAGCAGCGGUACCACGUGUACUACAAUUAUCGAGGCAGCUUCCAUGAGACCUAAGGCAAAGAUCACCGCCAUGGUCGUCCAUCACACGUCUGAAGUUAUCUUUUGCGGAAAAGAUGACGGAUCAGUCAUACUUCAUGAACGGGAGAUGGCAACGAGUCUAAGGACUCUCUACGGCCAUAAAUCACAAGUCCGCUUGCUGAUCUGGAUGAAAAACAAAAACUCCCUUCUAAGCGUCGAUGCAUCCAACAGGAUCUUCGUACACAGAAUCCUCAAGUCAUCAGACAAAGGUUGGCACAGCGAUCUGACGGUGCUCUUCAAGUCCCACCUCGAAUCCGAGGAGGCAAUCGUUGAUGUGCUAGUAGGAGAAGCGGCGGCCAAGUUUGUGGUAUUGACCCGCGAGGCUGACCAUCUGUUCAACUUGGACAGCGGGAAGCAUGAGAGUGAGCGGACAUAUCGACAAAUCCCAAGAACUCGCAAAUGGAUCCCCCACCCAGAAUCCUCUCUACACCUGGUCUGUGUCAACAAUUUCCAGAUAUCCACCUACCGCUGGAGCGACUGGUCUGAAGUUUCAUCGAUUACAUUGGCCUUGGAUGAGAAGGCAGAGCUGAAAAGCGCAAUACCCUACUCGCUUGACCAGACACGAAGGAUCAUACUGCACUUGUCCUAUCCAGACAGCCCAGUCAACAUCAAUAGGAUUGCUAUAUUUGACGCAGACUUCCUUUCCUUCACAGAAAGUGAUAGCAGCUUCUCGUUGGAAAAGCAUUCGGAUGCUAUGGCGUCGUUUUGUGAACCUACCACGGGCCGAGGUAGGGAGGACAUGGUCACGACAUCGAGCUCCGGCCAUUUGCUUUGUCUACUGGUUAUGAGAUUCCAAUUAAGGGUUGCUCACGUCAUCGGAGUUGACGAAUCGAAGAAAUUUGUGUUCUUGAACCAGUCAUUUUGGGUGUGCUCUGUUGAUCUCAGCGACCUAGAGAUAGCGCAAGGUCAGCAUUCCCCGACAAUUGACAUCUAUGAACACUUUUUCAUUCCAUCUGAUUGGUUUGCUGGGCGAAGGGACAUUGUUUGUGCUGUGGCAAAAGGGGAUAUUAUCUUGACUCGGGGUGGUGACCUGGCAGUGAUCAGGGGCGGAUUUGACUAUUCCAAGAAAGUGUCCAUAGAAGAAGAGUCUAAACCACACGGAUACGUAUAA